AAGGUAGUGAGGCAUCAAGUAAUUUUGAAUAUAUGAAUAAAUGCAUACAUUGCCAGAUAUAUGUGGAGAUUUGAUGGUGCAUGUCGGCAUUGGAAGGAUGGAGGCUGACAUUGCUUCAUUUGAUCCCAUUAUAAAUAAGUACCAUCACAUUAGUAAGAGAAUUUUAGAGCAAAAGUAUUGGGUUAAAAGUUAAAUAAAAUAUAAGUAAGAAUAGUAAGAAAUAAAUUUGAUAUUUUAUUUUGGUAUUUUUCCUAUAGUACCCAUUGAUGUAUUUAGAUGGGGAAGGCUGACACCCACUUGUAUAGAUAGGGUUAUGUUAGAUAUUUACUGAACUGGCACAAAUUGUAUAUUGUAGAUACCAGUUAUUUGGCAUCAAUGGAGAGCUAGGAAGGUGAGAAGUAGAAUACCACAAAAUUAAUGCCAAGUUAAGUUACUUUUUAGUUGUUAGCAGGAUUAGUAUUUUUAGAUAAUCAGAAUGUUCUGAGCAUUCAUAUAGUUGACUGCAUUGCAUUUAAGUAUUAUGCUUGCUGGGAUGUAAUAUUUCUGCCCAUGAUAUAAAGGAAAUGAAGUUUGUUGCUAUUGCUAUCUGUAGUUGAGCAGUUAAAUCCUUGGAUUCAUGUUAGAAAAGGAUUGCAAAUGCCCUGACUUAAGAUAUUUAUCAAUUAGGCUAUUAAAAUCCAAAACUUUCACAAUACCACCCAUUUUUCUUAUACACUUCAUUUUACCUGUCAGGCAUUUGGUAUGGAUAGAGUCCCUUUAAUCUGAUCCUCUUAUUAAACAAAUAUGUUUUGAUGCAGAAAAACACAAAAUUGUAAAUUUGUCUCCUUUUCUCUGUGGCACAUAUAUUACACUAAUGGCAUGUUAUUUUCAAUGUUAAACUGAUGUUUGUCCAGUAAAUUUACAGGCUGUCUUAAAAAAAAGUGAGAUAAGGAAAUGUAAAUGAAUUCCAAUUAUGUUUUUCUCAUGAAUGUGAAAGUGAAAUUAUUGGCCUGAAGAUCCCCCAAAAGAUUUUUAUGUGAUUCUAUCAUAGAACACAUCAGGGACACAUGAGCUUUACAGAUGAUGUACAUUUGACUGAUUUUUGUCUUUGGUGUUUUGUAUCAAGUUUUUCUUUAUCUGAUAUAGAAAAUAUUAUUUUAAUAAAUAUUUAUGAAGUGAAUUAUUCACAGAUUUUUAAUAGAACAUGAAUGGUUUGAAUUUCAUUGAAUAGUCAAAUGAUGGAAAUUAUGUUUUUGGUUGAGUUGGCAACUGAAGACUUAGUAGGGUGGCAGAUAUCACUUAGUCAGUAUGCUGAAAGAGUGGGAAUAGGACACACUACAGAUCUGCUCUCUCCAUCUUGUACUGUAAGGUCUCAGAGUUUGUUAGCAGUAGGUGGAGGUGCCAGCUUGGCAUCGUUCUCAAGGAGUCUAGUCAUGGCUUCAGAAUCAGCCUUCUACAACUUCAGUGCUGUUGAUAUUGAUGGCAAUGAAGUUUCAAUGGAAAAGUACAAGGGCAAUCCUUGCAUUGUAGUCAAUGUGGCUAGCAAGUGAGGCUUGACCAGCGUGAACUACACCGAACUGGUGCAGCUUCACGAGAAGUACGAAGCCAAUGGCCUGCGCAUCCUUGCCUUCCCCUGCAACCAAUUUGGAGGCCAGGAGCCCGGUACUGAGGCUGAAAUCAAGAAGUUUGCUGAAGGGUAUGGAGUAAAAUUCGACAUGUUUUCCAAAAUCAAGGUGAAUGGGGAUGAUGCCCACCCAUUGUGGAAGUUCCUGAAGUCGAAACAAGGGGGCACACUCGGUAAUUUUAUUAAGUGGAACUUCACCAAAUUCCUUGUUGACAAAGAAGGAAAGCCAGUAGCUCGCUAUUCGCCACAAACGAAUCCAAUUCCAGCCAUUGAAAAAGACCUCCAAAAAUAUAUGUAAGACUCAAGCAACCAAGAAUAAAUGAUGUGAGAAGGGUGAUGGAUAUCAUGCAGGGAUUAUCUCUCGUCCUUUGAUCAUCAUGUGCAAGUAAGAUGGGCAACAGAUUUGAUAAGAUGUGCAAUGAAGGUUAACGGGUAAACUCUAAUGUAUGAGCCCUGUAUACUGGAUGAUACUAUAUCUCAUUUCCUCUGUUGCAUUUCUUACCACUAAUAUAAUGAAAAAAUGUUGCUUAAGAGUGCCAUGUCAGUUCUUUGUAUUUUUUAGUAGUGGUUGUAACAAUAAUGCAGCUAACAUUGUGCCAGUAAUUAAAUACUUGCUUACAUAUCUAGUCUGAUUAUAUCAGGUAAAUAUUUUUAGUGCUCAAGCUCAUCCUUUAUGUAAAGGAUAUCAUCCUUCAGAUGCUACAUUAUUCCUACUUGUGAAAAGAAUCUCAAUAAAUGUACACCAAGGAUUUUGGGGAGUAAUUUAUGCUCCUCAAGUUUAUAUAAUUGAUGUGAGGAAAAUUUGAGAAUCCUUUUUGUCAUAUACAUUAAAGCAAAAAAUAAAGUUACUGAAGUGGAAAGUAAAUGGAACAUGGAGCUUUCACAUUGACAAUAUAUACUGUUAUUUUCUUGUGAUAGAGAUUUACAUGUAAAGUCCUAAAACAGUUACUGUAAGUAAGUAUUCUGAUUCAAAUGUUCUGCAAACUGUAGGGAAGAGAUCACUAUAUCAUCCAUUUUAUUACUUUUGCAAAUGUAGUGAAAGAAGGAAUGCAAUCUAAUGUGAUCCACUGUAGAAGUUUUUAAACCAGCACAACAGGUGGAAUGAAGGGAAUGGUAUAUGUGAGUAGUAAAUUAGAUAUGAAGAUAAAAUCAAGAAACUAUUUUGGUAUUUUCCAAACUUAAACUAUGGAUAUUAGCAGAGAGUUUAUGUUAAUUAGGUAGGGGAAAACCAAGUCCCAAUUCAUUUGUAUAUUUGAGUAAACAUAUUCUCAAAAUUAUUAAAAACCUCAAAUAAUAAGCAAAGUAUGAUUACUUUUAUACUGUUAUUGUAAAUUAAUGACAUUUGUGUAAGAUUUUGAAAGAAAAGAACAUGAAAUGUUUCAAAUUAUUGCACUUUAGGGUCACCAGUCUAGUUUUGCUUAACCCUUUUGUCCUUUAAAAGAAUUCAUUGCAUUCCUGCAGCUAAGUAAAAUAUCCAUGACCAGUAAACUUCCUGUGAUGUUUUCAAGCUGAAGAACAAUGUUUUGUUGUAAUUAAUUGUUGCUAUAAUGUGCAAAAAAUACAGUUAAAAAAUCUU